UGCGAGACCUAUGUGACUGACCAUGAUGCCGUUCGAAUCCAUCAGUGGCCAGCUACCUACAACAUGUACGAUGGCUUUUUCUCCCGGCAAACAUUAUCGGUGUCGCCGCCCGUCCGGAAUGGCCACUGUGCGUCUCCAGACAACGAGUUCGAACUCAUUCAAAUCCAGCUCCCGUACACAACCACAGCGUGCCGCUUAGAGUGAAUGAACAAAAAACCAAGUUUCGAAUCCUUUCUGACUAAAACUACAGGGAAACAGAAGGCAGGCCCUCCAAGUACGUGGAGAGCGCACUGCCGUGCGAAGUCGAUGCUUGCUGGUUGGCUUGAUUUUUUGCAGCAGCAUUCUUAUUGCAUGCGGGUGGACUCGGUCAGAAUACUUGCUCUUGCAACACACUAAUCCAGCACUGCAACUUUUGAAAAGGUCAUUUAUUGUACUUGGUGAUUUCACGGCGCUCCAAAGGUGCGACCAGACGGUAUCGUUUUUUAGUUUUCAUAAUAAAGCCGCCGUUCUUCCCUUUUUUAUACGGGAGAGACUUUCAGGCUUCACGAGAGGCCUGAUCACAGAGUUGCAUUGCCUGUGCAUCUGACGAAGAAAUUCCUGGUCGUGUCAGUACGGUAAAUUCAGUUUUCCUUGUAUCCAUGACGCGUCCUCUCGUCUCCAAAGCGUUGCGCGCAGCUUUUGUGCACACGGCUGCCUUUUCUUCCGCCGUACCCCGCGGUGGUUCUUCAGAUGCUCUGAUAAAAAAAGCGGAACUACACAACCUGUACCAGCGCGUGAGAGAGGCAGCGAGCAAAUUCAAAUCUCCGAUGUUUAGGGACUACUUCAUUCGGCGAGCUGAUGAGGACUUCAGAGACAUGCAAGAGAAGUUGCUAUCUGUGAGCGCCGAGGAGAUAGAGCAGUUCAAAAAGCUUAUGGAGGACCACUGCGCGCUUCUGCACCGUCAAAGCACUGUUGCGAAUCUGUACCACACAGACCGUAUUGCCUAUCUCAAAUGAAGUCUGCUUAAUUGCACCGCCGCUUUUCUUCCUUGAGGGCACCUGCGUUGACAUCAUCUGCGCGUGUGGAAUCGUCCUAUUCCGUUCAUGACUUUUCGAUUCACGUUUUUGUAUCUCCAGCUGCCUCGACGGGUGGUUGACGACAGUUGGUCGACCCUUGUUUUCCCUGGUCAUGGGUGUACCAUUGUAAAGUCUGCGUCCGGAUCCUCUUGGACAGCUGUAUUCUGACGCAUUAUCAUACGAAAGUUACGUUCUCCGAAGAGGCGGCUCUCGCCACAACGCUGACAACGCGCCGGAUCGUAGCAGACGUGGCGCUUUGGCAAAAGGGCUUUGCAGCACCCUGAGGCUCGCGGGCAAGCAUCUUCUUUCUUUAGAACACACAAAAUGCUCCCUUGUUCGGCCUGUCACUACACACAAGCCGUUGUAACGUCACGAAACGUUAUCAUCAGUUAGUCCGUUAUCAAGUAGGAGACGCAUACGGCAGGUAGACGAUUUGCGCAAGUUUUUGGUAGGCUGCCCUCAUCAGUGCGCUGCCUAAAACGUCUCUCUUUGCAGUGUGUCUGCAUCCGUUUGUAUACUGCGGCAAAUCAUGGCGAUUACGUAGAAACUAGAGACAGAGUUUACGAGGGAGAAGCACAUCAGAGCCUUUUUUGACUUCAGGCGCGCUGAAACCAACGUUUCAUCCGUUUAUGAAAUGGGCAGGCCCUUAACGGAGAGUUCGCUUCUUCAGAUUUCUGCUACUUAAGGG